AAAACGUCAAAAGUCACCUGAAAAAAAAAAUAUGUCACUUUUUUGCCAAGUCCAAAUAAAAAUCCAAUAAAUCGAAUUUGUGUGAAAAAUUAUCUAAAAAAUCAUAAAAAUUCCUCUGGAAAAUGUCUGCACGAGCAGAUUAUUUUUCCUUUCAAUCGAUGUGCCAUAGUCUCGCAAGAGUUUUGGCUAAAAUCGAUCCAACACCUUGGGAAAAGGUACAAUCCCUCUAUCGUUAUUGUCCACAAGAAAAUGCUGUCGGUGUCUUCUGUUUAGAUGCCAAGGCCCAAGAUGCUGUCCUUGCUUUGGGAUUAUAUUUUCUCGAGAGUAAAUGCCAGCAUGAAGAACAAAUUGUUCCCUAUUUACUCAGACUUGCCAAAUGCCUGCCCAAGGCCGUUUGGAUUGAUGACUCAAAGUCGACAAAAAUCGAUCGAAUUCCAUCUGCGGAAAAGUUCAGUUUUUGUUUGAAUACACUACUGUCUGAUAUUGCCUCCAAGUGUCCAGAUCUUCGAGAUGAAAUCAUAAUCAAUCAAGUAGAGACACUGUCUGCAUUGACAAACAUCAUAAAAUCAAGCAAAGAAGGUAGCAAUGCUCCUCCGCCCAUUAUUCUUUGCAAGGCAACAGUUCCGUUGCUUUUUGGACUGGCCAGGUCAAUGGGCCGUUAUGCUGCCUCUGACCCUCCACUUUUGUGUCGAAUAUUUCCACUCGAAGAGAUGCCAGUGGUAAAGAGCAAAGAAACGGCUAUAUUCAGUUCAAAUGAACGACUCGGAAGUUUCAGUCACUUUCGUUCGAUCAUUCCCCGGUCAAUGUCUGGCAGUUUAAGUCAGGAUUCUACUGAUUCUCGCUUAGCCCGUCAUGUGACUUCGCUUUGCCACUCGAGCACAGUUAAGAAACCAACCUUCCAGACGUACUUUUCGGUGCCGUACGACCCGAGGACACAUUUCUUCAACAAAUGCGGUUCCAGUUUCAAUCAAUUUCCUAACAUGAGAGUUUGUGACUCUCCCACAAAACAGUCAAAUGGUAACCACAAUCCGAUGGUUUUCCCAAUUCAACAUUUGCAGACAAUUUUUGCGAUGUCAAAGAAACUUUUGACCAAAGAGAAUUUGGAACACCUCGAUGAGCAGGCCGCAGAUAUAUUUGCUUUGCAUCAGAUCAGAGGAUACUGUUAUAAGAGCUUCUCGGAGACUCUUAACCUGGUGAUGGUGACUCUGCUGAGAGAACUCCUUCAGAAUCAGAAUGAUUUGCCGACUCCAUUUACAAAAGAUGUUCAGGAAUUCGUCAAACGCUUGUUUCUCAAUGGACAAACUGAACUCCAAAAUAAACAACAGGAUCAUGAGAAAGAAAAGAAGGAAGACAAUGGAGGCAUUCCGGUGGUGAACAAAUACAAAGUAAACGUAAUGGCAAAUGCAGCUUGUGUUGAUUUGCUCGUCUGGGCAAUUCGUGAUGAAACAGUCGACGAAGAGUACAAUGUUCCUUCUUUGCAGAAUGGUUUAAAUUAUUUACUCACCAAAGAAGCCGAUAAGCUUUGUGGCCGACUAUCCCAGAAGCUGAAUUCGAUUUUGAGUCACAAAAUCGUUAUGGAUCACAUGCCUCUGCUGAUGGUGUGCCUUGAAGGACUUGGAAAGCUUGCUCAGAAAUUCCCCAACAUAGCUGGAACAUCGAUAUCGUAUUUGAGAGAUUUCUUAGUUGAUCCAAGUCCAAUUUUGGCCAAACUUCAUGUUUUUUCGACUAUUCAGAAUGCACAUCAACUUCAAAAGAAAGAUAACAAAGAAGUUACUCCCUUUAAGAUUACUGUUCAGAGUAGCAGUGAAUUGAGAGCAAUUGAUGUAUUUGGUAGUGGAGCCAAAGGUGGUCUAACGAAAUCUGGACAAGCUGCUUUUGAAGCAUUGAGAGAUGCAGCAAUUGAGAAUUUGAGUAUCGCUUUGAGAUCGGCACAUAGUUUGGAUCAAUAUUGUGUGCCGGCUUUGGUGGCGAAUGUAUCAAAUCGACUUUUUACAGCUGAGAAACAUGAAUCAGAAUCAAGUCUUGUCAGUUUGAAUAUCAUAGUAAUGUUGGGCCAUGUCGCUGUUGCACUAAAAGACACCUCUAAGACAACACAAAAUAUCCUACAAUUCUUCAUUCAACGAUUCUGCAAAGUUCCCUCAGAACAGAAUGUUCUCAUUGUCGAUCAACUUGGCUGUAUGAUAAUCUCUCAAUGUGAACCACAUGUCUUUGAUGAAAUAAUGAAAAUGUUCUCCAGAGUAACAGUUCAAGCCGCCUCAUUAGCAUACACCUCUAAUCCAGAUCAUCGCAAACAAUUCUGCAAUGUCUCAGAUGCAGUUGUUAAUGCUUUGGGAAAUAUCGCUGCCAAUAUUCAAGGUGAUGCAGAGAUGUUGGAGCUUUUAGGAAAACUCCUUGAACUUUUUGUUCAAAUUGGUUUGGAAGGUGAACGUUCCUAUGACAAUACUCCGGGUGCACAGAAAGCCAGUUCAAGUGCUGGUAAUCUAGGAAUGUUGAUACCAGUAAUUGCAGUCUUAGUACGGCGACUACCUCCAAUUAAGAAUCCAAAAAUGCGUCUACACAAAUUGUUCAAAGACUUUUGGGUUUACUGUGUUGUCAUGGGAUUUACCAAUUCACGACUUUGGCCAGCAGAUUGGUAUCAAGGAGUGCAACAAAUUGCUGCUAAAUCGCCUCUUCUCAUAUCCCAGACAGCACAUAAGUCCGAUAUGAGGGAAUUGAAUUAUACCACAGCGAUAAAAAGUGAUUCGGUCAGUUUGAAUGAAUUGAGAAGUCAAAUUCUUCUUUUAUUGGAUCAUCCUCCAGCUGAGGUUACAGCAUGUAUCAACAAGUUGACAUUUGCUCAGUGCACAUUCUUAUUGAGUGUGUAUUGGCUGGAGACAUUAAGAGUCGAGAAUGCAGAAGAACCCAGUUUGGAACCAAUUCUGAGUUACAUGUGCGAUACGGCUUUGCAAAAGGACAAGUCUGGGAUUUGGCAAUGUGUGAAAUGCAUUGCCGAUCAGGUUUUUGAAAAAUUCCGCAAUGUUCUCUUCACGCAUGAUGAUGUCCGCGAAAAGGUCCUGGAAUCCCAGGCUACUCUCCUCCUCGUUUACUUCAACCACAUUCAUAAACAAAUUCAACUCGUAGCCGAUCAGUAUCUGUCACAGUUGGUUGAUAAGUUUCCACAUUUGCUUUGGAAUCGACGAGUUCUCUGGUGCAUGCUAGACAUACUUCAACUUUUGGCGUUUUCACUAACUUUAGAUCCCAAUGAAGAAACUCCAACUCUGAGAGUUGUCUCAACUCCUUACACACUCCAUCUUAUGGAUUCCCUACCAGCACGAGAAGGACGACUCAAAGAUUUCGCCGAUCGUUGCCAAGGCAUUGUAAAUGAGGCGAUGAAGUGGGCUCCUCGAUCGACACGAUCACAUCUCCAAGAGUAUCCCAAUCAGAUUCCCACUCCUGUCCUCGCUCAUCAUAGUGGACUGGCUCUGGCAUUUGAUUCUGUUGUUGCAAGUAGUAAAUUAUAUCCCAAUGCCCUUCCGUCCAUCAAUAAGAGACCACAUUGUGUGAACAGUGAUACUCCGAGAUUCGUUUCGGUUCUAUGUCUCAGAGCUAAGUAUGCUGGAGAGAUUUCGGGAAUGCUCUCGGCUAUGAAUGAGAAGGAUAAGGCUGGAAUUGCUGAUCGUCUUGUAAGAGACGUAUGGGAUGCUUGUAAGGAGAAAAGUGACGCAAAACAUCGAGGAGCCCUCUGGAGAGCCACAGCCUAUUUGGUUCUUUGUUCCGGUAUUAAUCGAAAAUUACUGCAUGCUGUUUCGACAUCUCAGGUGGAACUCUUUACCGAGUCCGCUAUGGAGACUGCUGUCGAGUGCUGGCAAUGGGUGCUCACCGCCAGACAAGAUCUAGAACUCUGCUUCAUUCAAGAUAUGGUGAGUGCAUGGCAGAUAACAUUCGAAAAGAAACUCGGACUGUUUUCCGAUGAGGUCCAGAUAGUUAAUCCACUGGCUGCAUAUGAUGGUUGUAAGUUAGUUUCCAAGCCAAUUCAAAUAGCUCCUCAUCUCAUCUGGUUGCAAUUGCUAUCGGAAAUGGUGGACACAGCAAAGUACUGUAAUCGAGACAAAGUAGAAAUGUUUUGUAUGCUCCUUAAUCGCUGUUUGCCAAUUUCCAAGAACAACAAGCAGAAUCGCCAGGUUUCAACAGUUGGGUGUAGAUUCAAGCUUCUUCAAUGCGGAUUGUCCUUACUGCAAGGGAACACCAUUGCCAAGUCAAUAGCAAGAAAUAUCCUCCGUGAGAGAAUAUACAAUAAUGCUUUAGACUACUUCUGUGGUCCACCAACUUGUCCAAAUCAAUCAAAAGAACAGUUAUUAGAUGAUAUUCAGAUACUCUUGAAGUUCUGGCAAACAAUGAGGAGCGAAAAGAAACAUCUAAUCACCACUGAAGUUGGAGAUAACGACGUUGCCAGCAUAAUUGGCACCACUUCUUCCAACCAGAUGCUUUCAGUGAAGCAGAAUCCUGAAACAGCAUCCCUGAUCAGUGGAAGUGAUGUGGCCAGAUCGAUGUCAGGAACAGGUGGCUGGUACAAUACGAUCCCUCAUUCGACUUCGACUCUUUCGAAGAGAUCAACUCGAUCAAAACGACUUCCUUAUCAAAAGGAUGCAUAUGACAAGGACUACAUGAAAAAGAGAAAUUUGAUUCUUGAACUUUUAGCUGUUGAACUAGAAUUCAUGAUUAUUUGGUAUAAUCCAAACUGUUUGCCAGAUCUGGCAAUACCUGGAGAAGAGCAAAUAAACGAAUGGCGAGCUAGGCCAUAUAAGAUGAAUGUCUGGAGGGACUACACCCGUUUGGCGUGGUCCUACAAUCCAGCUCUGGCUGUAUUCCUUCCUUGUAGGAUCAAAAAUUCGGAUUCUAUUGAAGAUGAAGUCACUAGAUUGGUAUGUGCUGAUCCAAUUGCUGUUGCUCAUAUACCCGAAGCACUGAAAUACCUUGUGACGACAAAAAAUCUCCUCCAAGAAAGUCCAGAUUUGGUGUACGUACUAGCUUGGUCAGCAGUGAAUCCUAUUCAAGCUCUUUCCUAUUUCUCCCGGCAAUAUCCAUCCCAUCCUUUAACAGCUCAAUAUGCAGUAAAAACUCUGUCCUCUUAUCCAGCCGAAUCAGUGCUUCCAUACAUUCCACAAUUGGUCCAAGCCCUACGACAUGACACAAUGGGCUAUGUGACUGAAUUCAUUAAAAACAUCUCAAAGAGAUCCCAAAUUGUGGCACAUCAGUUGAUUUGGAAUAUGCAAACAAAUAUGUUUAUGGAUGAGGAUCAACUCCACAAAGAUCCUAAUUUGUAUGAGGCAUUGGAAUUGCUAAGUCAGAAUAUAAUUGCAUCAUUUUCUGGUUCGGCCAAGAGGUUUUAUGAGAGAGAAUUUGAUUUCUUUGGGAAGAUUACAGCAGUGUCGGGAGAGAUACGAUCGUUUCCCAAAGGAAUCGAACGAAAAAAUGCCUGUUUGGCUGCUUUAAGUCGAAUUAAGGUGCAAUCAGGAUGCUAUUUACCAUCGAAUCCGGAAGCUAUGGUGCUGGAUAUUGAUUACAACAGUGGAACACCUAUGCAGAGUGCUGCAAAGGCUCCAUAUCUGGCAAGAUUUAGAGUCUAUCGGUGUGGUAUCAAUGAGCUCGAGACUAGAGCGAUGGAGGUUUCCAAUAAUCCAAAUUCUCAAGAAGAUGCUCAUGCCACACUGGGAGUUGAGUCAUGGCAAGCUGCAAUUUUCAAAGUUGGAGAUGAUGUGCGACAGGAUAUGCUGGCUCUUCAAGUUAUUACGAUUUUCAAAAAUAUAUUUCAGCAAGUUGGACUGGAUUUAUUUCUGUUUCCUUACAGAGUUGUGGCCACAGCUCCAGGGUGUGGUGUAAUUGAAUGUGUUCCAAAUGCCAAAUCACGUGAUCAACUUGGUCGGCAGACAGAUUCAGGACUGUACGAGUAUUUCCUUCAUCAGUAUGGCGAUGAGAGUUCAAAAGAAUUCCAAGCGGCUCGAGCGAACUUUGUCAAAUCCAUGGCCGCUUAUUCUCUAAUUGGUUACCUCUUGCAAAUUAAAGAUCGUCACAACGGUAACAUUAUGAUUGACAAAGAUGGACACAUCAUUCACAUCGAUUUUGGAUUCAUGUUUGAAUCGUCACCUGGUGGAAAUAUUGGAUUCGAGCCUGACAUGAAGCUCACCGACGAAAUGGUUAUGAUAAUGGGUGGUAAAAUGGAGGCACCCGCCUUUAAAUGGUUCUGUGAAUUAUGUGUACAGGCAUUCCUAGCAGUGCGUCCUUAUCAGGAUGCCAUUGUAUCAUUGGUAUCUCUAAUGCUCGACACUGGUUUACCUUGCUUCCGUGGUCAAACGAUUAAUUUACUCAAACAGCGAUUUGUUGCAACGAAAAAUAAUCGAGAAGCCGCUGCUCAUAUGUUGGCUGUUAUAAGAAAUUCCUAUCAGAACUUUAGGACACGAACCUACGACAUGAUACAGUACUAUCAAAACCAGAUUCCAUAUUAAAAAAACAAA